AUGAAAUCGCCCACGACGGGGACCGACGGGGGCUGCGAUAUCUCGUCUCGGGACUGGAGAGCAACCGUGGCGCCGAUUCAUCUUGCCAAGCGCGAAGGUCCCCUCGGGCGCUGGCGAGGAGGACCGUGGGGCAUGAACAACAACAACCCGGCAGCCUACACGCCCCUCGAGUCGCUCUUCUUGUUCCAGUCGCUGCUGACGCACGGGGUCGACACGGGAGCUUUUGCCCGCAUCUCGGAGCUGCUCAAGAACAAUGCCCUCAUCAAGGGCGGCGACACGUACGACCCGGCGCGGCUGACGCCCGAGGCGCUGCAGCACCUCUUCCUGCUGCUGCUGCGCCAGGAGCUCAAGAGCGAGGCCGAGCGUCAGGAGACUGCGGAUGGGCCCUCGUCCCCCGCGUCGCGCAAGAGGAAGCUCGGCACGCCUCCGCUGCCGUCGUUGAAGGAUUCUCACGAGCACAUCGAGAGGCUUCCCGCCCUCAUCGAUCGAUUGUACGCCCGGUACCGAGAGCAUAUUGUCGAGCAGAUCCGAGUAGACGAGCGUCAGUUUGUCACUAUCCAGAGCCAGAUCCAGGUCCUCGAGAAGAACGAAAAGGAGAGGCUCGCCAAAGCUGCCAGUCAAAACGGCACGCCGGCCCUCGCCCCUCGCGACAACAAGCUCCCCGCGUCAUCGCAAACGCCCAGCCAGUCACUUUUGCCGCCGCCGACUCCGGGCACAGCGGCUGGCAUCAAGCGUGGACUAACCCCCAACACGCCAGUCCAGCCGACGAAGCCACCAACAACUCCGUCCGUCGCCCAACCAACCAUCACACCACCAAUUCCUUUACAAGCAAAAACCCCUCCCCCACCAGCGGGUCCCCCCCAGGCCGCGCCACGAGUUUUGCAGCCGCCGGCUCAGCCUCCUAAACCCGCCAUCUCGCCGCGACCUGAGGCCAGCAGCAAGCCCAAGGAUGGCGUCGUGGCCACCCCUCUUCCAACCACGCCGACGGGGGUCUUGAAGUGGGAAAAGCCAUACCAGCCUCCCCAGGCUGGCCAGACCCCCCAGGCUAGCCAGACCUCCCCAGCGGGACAGCUUCACCAGAACGCGCCAACUCAAGCGACCGCCGCACCAAAAGGUCAGCAGCCUCAGCAGCGACACCCGCAGCAAGGCAAGAACCCAGCUCCCCCACCUCAGACCACUGGGCCCUUGGCCGCCCCGUCACAGCCAGGACCUCCUCAGUCGGCAUCUGCGCCUGCUCCGCCGUCAGCUCGGCCGCAGUCGACAACACCCGUCAUUCCUCCUGGACGGCCGAUCCAGCCGCAGCAAGCCCAGCAUCCCACGCCACGACCCAUUGUUUCCGCAUCUCCGACACCGCCCAAAGGUGCCCCUGGGCCUGUUGCGGCCGCUCAGAAAUGGCAACAGCAGCCCCAACCUGCCGCACCAAAAGCCCAACAACGCCCUUCUACCAAUACCUUUAAUGCCCUACCUGCCUCCCAGAAGGACAAGCUGCUUGUCCCUCCGUACGGGGCCAAACCGCCUCGGCCUGCCAUCCCCGAGCACAUCAUUCGACAAGCUGCCGGGACGCCCGUAGCCAAGCGCCUCAGCCCUGUGGCAGCACCUCGGACGCCUGGAUACACCACCCCCUCGGCGCUGACUCGAGGUUUUGGGACUAAAUGGGCCUCGCACUCGACGCCCUCGACUCCGGGGCCAAUCGUGGUAGAGCCAGAAAGCCCGGCAUACGAGCCUGUGAGCCCCCCUCCUCGAGCGACUUCCAUCACAUCGGAGACACCCAAGGCCGGGAAGAAGAUGCACCCCAAACGGACUCCUCAGCCAGAGCCCUCUGCGUCAAGGCCUCGUGGUCGACCGCCACGCAACCCACCGGCGAGUGCUACGCCUUCUGUCAGCAGGAGAAGCCAAUCGGAGGCGUCGCAGGCGGACGAGCUGUCCAUGGACUAUUCAUCACUAUCUGCCAAGAUUAAGAAGGAGGUUAUGACGCCUCGGCCGCAUGACGACGCGGGCGAAACGACGACGGACGAGAGCGUGCAUGGACGAGCACACAUGGUGCUCUGGACCCGAGGCUUCACAAAGGUGUCGUCGUCGGCACUCGACCAAAUCUCGAGCCACCGGCACGCCAACAUGUUUGCGACUGGCGUCCGCGAAAAAGACGCGCCGGGUUAUCGCCAGAUUGUGCUUCAGCCACAGGAUAUAACAUCGAUCCGGGCUGCCAUCAAGCAGGGGAACAAGGCGGCCGUCCAGGCAGCGAGCAGCCUUCCCGGCGGUGACCCGGGCACCGCAAGCGUCUGGCUGCCAGUAUCCGAAGACCUCGUCCCGCCCAAGGGCAUCGUCAACAGUGCCCAGCUCGAGCGCGAGCUCGUCCACAUUUUCUGCAAUGCCAUCAUGUACAACCCCGACCCGGACCGCGGGCCGGGGCAGUUUUUUAUGAAGCGCUCCCAGAACGAGGAGGAAGAGGUGGUGGGCUACCACCUGGACGAGAACGGCGUCGUCAAAAACACGCGGAGCAUGUUUGUCGAGGUGGAGAAGCUGCUGGGCGACCUGCGGAGCGCCGAGAAGGAGCGCGGCGUGCCGCCCCUGUCCAGCACGCGCCAGGCCAGCGUGGCGACGCCGGCGGACGACACGGCCGAGGAUGAAGAUGAGCUGGCGGGAGACGGUAACCACACAGCGACGAGUGUCGUCAAGAGGCGACGCAUUGGGACGAGGGGGUGA